AUGUCUCCUUCUCCGCAACUGGCCCCGCCAGGAUCCAGUACCUACUCGUCAAAUAUCUUAAACGUUGGGGAUGGAACAUGGGACUCCCAGCGGAAUACCUUCCUUUUACCCAAUUUGAUGGGCUUGAACUUUGAGGCUAUGAGGUAUAAUGGCAUGGGGAACAGAUUUCGAGAAAUGGCCGGUUACCAUUCAUUAAUUCGAGCACACGGCGUGCUAGCUGCUAUAACAUUCCUCUGCCUCAUUCCCACCGCCAUAUUGAUGGCCAGAUUCUAUUCUCCAUCGCCUUACUGGGCCCUGAGAUAUCAUAUAUGGCUUCAUAUUCUUUCGUUGUUUUUAUCAACAGUCGUUUUCGCCCUGGGCUGGUUCGCUGUUGGGCCCAGAAGGAGUUUGACAAAUCCACAUCAUGGCAUUGGGUUGGCUAUAUAUGUUAUGAUCAUUGUGCAGACGUUCUGGGGUUGGUUUGUUCAUAAGCGCACAAAGAACAAGCGGUUAUACCAUAUUCCAUUAAAGCUCAUGUUCCAUAAAUGGUUGGGUCGAGGCCUGGCUUUACUUGGGAUUGUCCAAAUCCCCCUUGGACUAACUCUUUACGGAUCGCCAUUGGCACUUUUUGUUCUCUAUGCCCUCGCUAUAUUUACUCUCGUUGUAAUUUAUUUCGUCCUCACCUACCUCCAUGAACGCCGAAUGGGUGCAGACUAUGACAGCCGGGGAAGUUACAUGUCAGGCCCGGAAGUCGUUGAAGAUGGACAUGGUCACAACAACUUAGGCCGUCUUGCGACUGCUGGGGCUGCCGGAGUAGGCCUUGCCAUGCUAGGAAGGCGAAUGAGAAGGCAAUCCGGGAGCGGAACAUCUGUAGAUGAAUCAGACGUAACGCCUCGGCCACACCAUGAAGACGAAAAACAUGAUAACCGGGGGAGAGGAUGGGGGAAACGAUUUGUCCAAAUAGGGGCUUUGGCAGGAGCUGCGGGGUUGGCAAAAAGAUAUUUUGACAAACGCCGUGACCGAGAGAGUGAUACAGAGUCGGGAAGAUAUGAACCUGCUGAUGGACACGGCCAUGGCCAUGGUCAUGGACACCAUGACAGCCUGUACGAUGAUUCUUUAAUCCACACAGAGGAAGGAAGACCACCACCCAGCCAUCCACGGCCAUACGACAGACCUCCUGGCCGCCUGCCAAGCCCGGAAUACACGGACAGCGGGUACAUGUAUGGCAGCGAAUCGCACCAUGGAGCCAGGAACGCUCUUUUCGGCGCUGGUGCAUUUGCUGCAUUGAGAGGACUAUUCAAGAGCAGGGAGAGAAGAGAACAGGACCGUGUCCACGAACUGCGACGGCAGGAUAUUGAAAAUGAGCGAAGGGCAAGACAGAGCGUGAAUCACCGGAGAUAUACGGGAGAUGGCCAGCCACCCCGCAGAACAGGGCGGAGAGGUUCAUUUAGCACAGAGAUGACAGAAAGCACAGAUCCGCACGUCGCGCCACCACCGGACGAUAUCCGUCCCAUCCCACCCAGCCACCAAACCACCCCAGGACCCGACACUGCCACUUCAAUGUGCGGAAGACGCCCCACAGGUGCGGCAGCUGCAGUAACAGCCAACUCCAGCCGUCGCCGCCGCAGCGGUGGCGGUCGCGAGCACUCCGUCGACUCCGAACCCGUCUCCAUUAACGUCAAAUUCCACAACGAUCAGGGACGUCGAGUGACUCUGCGUCGUCUGACCCCCGGGGAAGCUGCUGCGUCAAGAAGGGCGAAGAGGAAAGAUCCCGGUCAAACUAGUCGACGGCGACAUGGGAGUGUCAGUGAGCUGUCGGGGCAUGAGGGUGGGGAUGACCAUUGGCGACGUGUCGAGGAGCAAGAACGCAGGCAGCAGGAGGAGUUGGCUUCUGCGGCGACGGCGGGUAUGGAUGCUGGUGUUGGUGCAGCGACUGUCCCACCGCCAACCAUGGCUCCGGAUGAUGGACUGCCUCCAACACCGACGCAAAUGUAUCCGCCCCUUGCACCGCAGAGCGUGCUUUCUGGUCCAUUGCCGCCUCCCUUACCUAUCCCCGCUGCGGCGUCUAGUUACAUUAAUUCACCCCCGCCUGGUAGUACUGAUAUGAGCAGUCAUGCUAGUAAGAGGGAGCGGAGGAGGGCGGAGAGGAGGACGGUGUCGAGGCAGGGGAGGCACAAUGUUGAAUUUACUUGA